GUAGGGGGGACUGCGCCAUAGAUGCAGCCAUGAGAUGCUAAUUAAAUGAAAUACUGAACCAUGUGCGCUAAUAGCCACCAACCAUGUGGAAACGCCACCUUUUCUCCCCUAGACAGGGCCAAGGCUGAUGGAGCCAUUCGCGCAUUGCUUGUCGGCAACCGACCUAUUAUAGGCAAAGUGUCGAACAGUGCACAGUUCGCAGGUUUCUCUAUUUAACCCCACUCCCACCCAAUUGUGGAUUCAGCUAGGUCCAGCUCCAACAUAUAUCCCCAGCAUGCGUCUUGUCUCUGCCAUGGCUGCCUUCGCCGCGGUUGCCACUGCCUUCGCCGCGGAUGCCGCCCCCCCUGAGCUGGCGAGCAUUGGAGAGACGUCGAAGGUGCUGAAUGUCACCUUCUCCGUGGGAUCGACUGCAGUCAGCUUUACCCCCGGCGAGUUUCUAAACGCGAGCGUGGCCAAGGACGCUCCGGAGCCGCAUCUCCAUGGCAUGGGGCUCAGCAACUCGGGACCCUAUCUGCUGCUCAUGAUCGACCCGGACUGGAACAAGACCACUCCCCCCUCGGUGAUUGUGCACACCGUCGUCGCCAACCUGACGACCGCCGCCAACAGCAGCAGCGACGCCAAUGUGCUGGCCUCUUAUAUCGCCCCGGCCCCCAGGUCGGGCACCCACAACUACACCCUGUUCCUCUUCAAUCAGUCCACCAACUUUAGCAUCCCCAACCGCUACGAAUCAUUCAUGCUAACCAACGAUGACACUCCGAUGAACCGGCUGAACCUGCCGCUGGUUAGUUUCCUUAACCAGACCGGGCUGGGCUCGCCGGUCGCGGCCAACUACUUCCGCGUCACAGCGGUGAGCAACGACACCAGCACCAGCUCGGACAGAUCCGGCCCCAGCACCAGCACCGGCGCUGCCGCUAGCGAGACGUCGAGUGGGACGGGCCACAAGAUGGCCUCGGGGAGUUAUUUUGCCGGUGUGCUGGCCCUGGUCGGUGCGGCGGUGGCCUCCGUCUGAUCCAC